GUGGUAUGCAAGGUUUUCUGUCCGGCACAAGAAUGUUGCAAAAGAGGAUCGAGCAGCAACAAAAAGAAUCCAUGCAAAGACAAGAAGUAUUUUGAAUCCAAGAAAUCGACUUCUUACGUAAAACUUGAAAACAGGACGGAGUUCUCAAUUGCGUAUGGUACCGGGGAUGCGGCAGGAUUCCUCGGAAAUGACACUGUUCGUUUCGGGGCUGAAAAUGAAAACCAGCUAAUUCGUUCCUGGUACUGUGUUCGGUCAAGCCGAGAGAAUUGCAGAUUUCUUCGAGGGUUUCAGCAUCCAAUCGAUGGUAUCCUUGGAUUAGCAUUCCGGGGAAUAGCCGUGCAGAAUGUCAACCCUCCGUUUCUACGAGCUGUCGACCUGGGUUUAGUGGACCCGAUCUUUACGGUUUACCUGAAGCGCUUGGGAGAUUUGGCGGACGGUUCCUAUGGAGGCGUUUACACGUACGGUGGUCUUGACAAGCAAAAUUGCGGUGAGGUGAUAGCGUACGAGAAGCUGACGGCGCCCUUCUUUUGGCAGUUCCUAUUGAGAGGAUUCAGUGCGGGAGAUGUGACUCUUAAAACGGGCUGGGAAGUGAUUUCGGACACUGGCACAUCGUUUAAUGGUAUUCUAGUGCCGGUCGCGAACAAGAUAGCCGAAGCAUUCGGUGCUACGUACCAACCAUUCUACGGUGUCUACCUGAUCGACUGCAACGCGACGGUGUCACUGAGCCUGACUAUCGGCGAUCAUGACUAUGUGAUUGAAGUCAGAAAAUCUUAUUACAAGAGUCGAAAACAUUUGCAUGCUGACGAUGUUUCCCAUGGAUAG